AUGGGCACGAACGUCCACAGAACCCCCAAGUCCGGAGGUCGAUCCUUGUUCUUUCAAGAUUUAGCUUCGCCUGUAACCUCCCGAAAAUCCGGAGGGAAAUUCUCGACCCCUGGUCAAGCAGCCGCCGUCUCAGCCCUCUGGCGGGAAAAUUUCGCCAAUUCCGAUCUUCCGCCGCCGCCCGUUUUCACCCUCGAGGACCGUUACGAUCUUUCUCCGGAAUCGGGCAUCCCGGAUUAUCCUUUGUCCCCCGAAGCAAAAUCGGACCCCAAAACGCCAUUACGCAGUUUGAGCAGGGAGUUCUCGACUCCCAAGAGCAAGUCUGAUGCGAGUACCUCGUAUGCGGGGACAAGCAAGCAGCAGCUGCAGAGUCCUAUGGCGAGUUCGAGCUGGUGGUCUCCGGCGAAGAGUGGCGGCUCCGGUGGAGGUAUUCCGGCGGAGCAAGAGGAAAAGGGGAGGGGUUCUCCGGUAGAAGGGGUGGUGCAGCCGGGUGCCUUGAUUACGCUGCCGCCUCCUAGGGAGGUGGCAAGGCCUGAGGUGAAGAGAAGUUUGGUGCCAGUAGGGAAUUUGGAUGAGGAGGAUUUUUCGCCAGCUGAUACAAAUCUUGUUCUGCGGGAGUUUGAGAAGUGUGGGGUGAUCCUCAAACAUGUUCCUGGUCCAAGAGAUGCUAAUUGGAUGCACGUUUUAUAUCAGAAUCGAUCUGAUGCACAAAAAGCACUCGGCAAAAACGGCAUGGAAAUAAACGGGGUUCUCAUCAUUGGUGUGAAGCCUGUGGACCCCAUGCAGCGCCAUGCACUAAACGAGAGGAUCAAAAGCAAUGGGUUCAUGACAUCAUUACCUCCUCAGCCUUCGAGUCGAAACUCGGAGUCAAAUGGGUUCAAAGUCAACCCUUAUCCGUACUAUUUGCAGAACAGAAGCUCGAGCGUUCGGCAACCUGCUGGGACUAUGGCCACACCGGCUAAAUCAAUGGUCUCGAAAAUUGCGGACUUGAUGUAUCUCGUAGGAGUCUCGGCAGUCGUGACAGUUCAUUCGUUGAUUCAAUUGAUAAUCAACAUGUCCAAAAUUUUGCGAAAGUCUCCGAUUAUCACUUCUAGAAAUCACGCAUGGCUUAUUUUUGUUGCAGAUCAGAUAUUUGGAUAUGCAAUGAUGAGUGCCGGAUCAGCUGCAUCAGGCGUCACGAACCUGAACCGAACGGGCAUUCAUCAUUCGGCUCUUCCGAAUUUUUGCAAGCCGUUACGCGUUUUUUGUGACCGUGUGGCUGUCUCUAUAGCCUUUGCCUUCUUCAGCUGCUUCUUGCUGGCAAUAUCUGUGGUUCUUGAUGUAAUUUGGCUGUCCAUGUAUUAA